GGAUGUUGUAUACCUGGAGUAUGAGUUUUGAAAUAUUUGUGCUUGCGGAACGCAUGAGGCACUUUGAUAUGAUGGUGUUUCCAUCAAAAGAAGAGGAAUGGCUCAAAGUAGCAGACGGAUUUAACAAUAUGUGGCAAUUUGAAAAUUGCUUAGGAGCCGUAGACGGCAAACACAUAGCUAUCAAAAAGCCCCCAGGAAGUGGUUCAUACUAUUAUAACUAUAAAGGAUUUUUCAGUGUUGUGUUGUUUGCUAUCGUAAAUGCUAAUUAUGAAUUUACUUAUGUAAGUUGUGGAACUAAUGGAAGAAUAUCAGACGGGGGGUCAUUAAGAAAACAGAUUUUUACAAUUUACUGAUAACAGAUUCUUUAAAAUUACCCCAACCAGUCAAUAUGCGAGGAAUUCAAAAUAAAUUACUCUUUGUGUUUAUUGGAGACGAAGCCUUUAGUCUAAUGACAAAUUUCAUGAUGCCAUACAGACAAACCAACAGUAUUGGUUAUGAAGAAAAAUGUUUCAACUAUCGACUUUGCCGUGCCAGGCGCGUAGUAGAAAACGCAUUCGGGAUCAUGGCAAAUAGAUUCAGGAUUUUCCUAACGCCAAUAGCUACUAAAGUGGAUACAGUUGAUGAUAUCGUUAUGGCAUGCUGUGUUUUACACAACUUUUUACGCCGCAAAAGCACUUCUUACAUACAAUACAAUAAAGAAUAUUAUAAUAAUGCAGGUGAAGUUGACUUUCAAC